AUGUCUAUAUGUCAGACCCGAUAUUUAUCGUAGACAAAGGCGAAGAGAGUGAGUUUGAGUCUUCUGAAUGCGUCUUUUCAAGAACAGGAGGAGAGUGCGCGUGCGCGGAGAAGACGCGCCGCACGGGAAAAGGAACGCGACGAAGACGGUUGACGAAUUCCUUCUUGGACUCGUUCAUGACCAUCCCCCACCUUGUCCCCCGCCUACUUCAUCGUCUCAAAUCUGCACCACGUCCACAGGCGCUCAGACCUGUACAUCCUCGAGCCCGUCGCCGAAGAUCCCUCCGUUCGCCUCUUCCAGAUGACCCCGACUUUACCUCUGUCCGAAAGUCGUCUAUCCUCCUCGAUCCCAUAAACCCAAUCUCUACCUCGAGAUCAUAUGUCCGUCAUAAGUCACUGCCGCCAAAGGUCGAACCACCCCAGGACAGCGUAGAAAGCUCGGCCAAUUGUCAUGGAAUAGUGGAACAUGAUGCUCCGAGGAAGAUGACGAUGCAAGAGAAGGACUGGUUCGCUAAUCCGUACCUGCGAAUGCUUAGCUCGCCUCUGCGGAAAUGCUUUCUAUCGGGGCGAUACUUUCCAACAGACUUCAUGAUUCGAGUUUCCCCUCGCGUGUUGACCUCUCCUCGCCUGAGUGCCGGAAAGUCAUCCUCUAGUAUCCUUCUACCAGACGGCCUUGAGCAUCCAAAAUUCAAGAACCGUCAUCGACGGCGCGGGAUAUGGAUAAGUUGUCAACAAUCCGCGUUCGAAUGGCUCGUCAAGCGACGAAUGUUUCCUCGCGUGAUGCAUAUUGCCCUCCCCAUUUCCGUACCAUCUUCCACAGUCCCCCACAUAACGCAUCUCCUCCGCCUACGCGUUUUUCAAGAACUCGAGCUCCUCAUAGCCCGCCUCAGAUGGCAAAACCGAUGGCAACCGCACGACCCAUCUUCUUCACCAACGCCGGUCCUCCGCCGUCUCACACGGGCAGAAUUCCAACACGUCCGCGAAACAGGAUGUAUACCUUUCUCAGGUGCAGUCGCAAUCAUCGUAGUCCCACCUGUGAAUAGGGAUCCGAAGACGAAGGAACGAGCAAGGCCUCAUAAUUCUGCGUUACCUGAACCACCACUCGCGACGGACAAAGAUGCGUCUCCACCCAAGAGGCCAUUACCUCCGGCAUCCGUUCUUCUACCAGCUUAUCCACUGUCAUCCCAUGGCCAGGGUGAUGAAGUUGAAAACCUACCGGACGUGAUAUCUACACCGAAAGUCCCGCUAUACAACGGUGUGCCCUUAUUCCCGACGAAACCUACUCGAGCUGCCCUACAUAAGCUCCUUUGCGAGCUUUUGGCUGUUGAUGCAAGAGCGCGAUAUUAUCGGCCGCGAGCGACAAAGAGGGAUGAUGAAGCAGGGAAGAGCGAGAAAGUUAAGGUGAAGGGCGAUCAAAAAGCGAGCCAUGCGUUUUUGCUGUGCUCGUCGGCAGAGACAUUAGCGAGGGCUGAUGCGGUCCCCUUGGCCGUUGCGCUGUGGCGGUUGAGGGUUUGGAGUGGAGAACCAUGGACAGAGGAGAACGGAACAUGGGCAUCGAUAGUCUAGUUCUGUUUAUUCUAAUUCCUUCGCUGUACUGUAACUGUGGCGAGAAGUUGUGGCGAUCUAAAA